AUGGAUGACCAUGGUGCUAUGGUAAUUGCUCUUAUAACUAUUUCAGUUAUUUUACUUGGCAUAAUACUUGUAUUUUUUAUUUGUUGGUAUGUAAGAAAACGACGUCGAUAUGUUCAUUUACAAAAUUCUUCACCAUCAGAUGAUACACCAUUACUUUAUCGUCUUGUUCAACCACGUAUAGAACAUGCACAAGCACAAGAAAAUGCUGCAUUAUUAACAUGUCAUUUUUAUAUUCGAACAACAGGUGAAUAUGCAUUUCAUUCUCAUUUAUCCCAACUUGGUUCUGAUCCUGAAAAAAAUUGGUUUCUUAUAACACCAAUAUCAAAAACAAGUACAAUAUCAUUAAAUACUGCAUCUCAUCUAUUAACAAUUCAACCAAAAUCUGAUCGAUUAAAGCAUUUAAAUGAUGAAGAAAGUAUUGGAACAUAUUUUCGAACAUUACAUAAUCUUUUUAGUCGUUUAUAUCAUCCAUAUAUUGAACCAAUUAUAAAAAUUGAUAUUUUAUAUACGCAAAAAUUAGUUGUUACUGUUAAACAAUAUCAACGUUUGGGUUCAUUAAAAGAUUUAUUAUAUGGUGUUGUACCAACAGCUAAUUUUCAUGGUAAAUAUUCUUAUCGAAGUUCUGGUUUAUCACUUGAACGUGUUCGUUUAUAUUCUCGUCAAUUACUUGAAGGUCUUCUUUUUCUUCAAUCAAAAUCAAUACCACCAAUUGUAGAUUUACAUAGUGGAAAUAUUGUUGUAUCAGGUUCAUGUAUUCAAAUAGGUUCAUAUGAAUAUCAAUUUAUAGAACAACGUUCACGUAUAUAUUCAUUAGUUAAACGUGCAACAUCAUCAUUAAUACUUCCUGAUGGUAUGACACGAGCACAAGCAUGUGAAGUAUUUUGUUUUGGUGGACUUGUAUUUGAAAUGUUAACUGGAUAUGAAUUAGGUGAACAAUUACGUGGUUUAACACCAAAGCAUUGGCAUGAUUGUGGAAAAGAUCCUGAUGCACGACAAAUGUUAACACGUCUAUUUGAUAUAGCACAACCUGUUUUAACUUUAACUGAAAUUCGACAAUUACCUUAUUUUUCAAAUCAAAAAUCAAUAUUAAAAGAAUUACAAAAUUUUACACCAAUACCAGGCGAAUAUUCUAAUGAUGUUAAAAAUUUACUCGAACAAUGGACAAAUACAAUGCGAAAGAAACGAAAUUCAACGAUGAAAACCUCAACAACAGAAAAACGAAAAAAUUCAACUGUACCAAAACAAAUGGAAACAUCAAUUAUUAAUUUAAGUUAUACACCAACCAUUUCUCCAUCAUCAACAGCAAUAAACUCUAAACUUUCAGGACCACCUUCAUCACCACCACCACCGCCACCAGCAUCACAAACAAUUCCUCCUCCUCCUCCUCCUCCACCACCGCCAUCUCCUCCAUCAUCGGAUGGUUCAGGUGAUCGUUCAGUUCUUCUCGAAAAUAUUCGUCUUGGAACAGCAUUGAAAAAGACAGUUACUAAUGACCGAAGUGCACCAAAAAUUUAA